AUGACAACCUUGUUGAUUACUACAGGUGCCACAGUCACAUUCACAUCGUUGAUUGAAAAGGUUCUAAGCUUAAGCUUUAUAAAUAACUUGAUUGAUAUUGGAGUAUCGAAAUUAUAUCUACAAUAUGGAAAUGAAAUAAAAAAAUCCAAACAUAUAAGUAAAGCUGCUUUUGAAAUUAUACUAGAAAAGUCUGGAAUAAUUAAACAAUUAAACUUCAAAGUAAACGAGGAUACUGAAAGUAACACAUAUAAACUAAUCAAUUUCAACAUUGAAAUAAUCGCAUUUCCAUUCUCAUCAAAUAUAGACUCAUAUAUAAAAAUCUCAGAUUUAGUGAUAUCUCAUGCAGGGACAGGUUCAAUUAUAGAUACAUUAAAGUACAAAAAACCUUUAAUAGUUAUAGUGAAUGAUAAACUAAUGGAUAAUCAUCAGCUUGAAAUUGCAAAUGAAUUUGUGAAAUUAAAUUAUUGUCUAAAUGAAAACGUUGAGAAUGUCAAUUCUAAUGAGUUUAAAGAUAUAUUGAGAAACUUAAUCGUCGGAGAUGUCAAAUUUGAGGAGUUUAUAGAGAGUGAUGGAUCAGUAUUAGAGAGUAUAAUUGCAGAAGAAUUAGGAGCAUAA